CCGGAUAAUCACUCCUGGUGAGGACGAGUGUCGGCGGUGCCGCCUCGAUGCGGGAGAUGCCGGUGAACUUUGACAAGUACAAAUCAUUCCUGAAGGAAGGUAAGGCCCGCUACGAGAUCGACGCUUGUCUACGCGAAGAUUCGCUCUCCCCGGAAGACAUCGCUUCUUUCUGGCAGCAUGCGAGGGUUCAAGCGCUCGAAGAUGCUGUGGCACAUACUCCCGCCGACGACAUAGGCGCCGUCUGGCGCCGAAUUCAACCGUACCAGUACUACCAACGCGGCUUCUCGUUACCGCAUGUGCCUGCACGAAAGCAACCUGGUGAUCUCCGCGUCGUGUUCAUCUCGGACACGCAUUCUCUUCAUGACGAACUACCUCCAAUUCCGGACGGCGACCUCUUGAUUCAUGGCGGUGACUUUACCGACACCGGUGACCGCGACGAAGUGCGGGCAUUCAACGACUUCCUCGGCAAACUUCCCCAUCGCUACAAGGUCGUCAUUGCCGGGAACCACGAGACUACGUUUGAGAAAGCGUACUACUCGUCCCAUUGGAAGCGAUAUGGCCACCCCGUGGAAUACGACUCGGACGAUGUCCGGUCGCUGCUCACGAACGCGGUGUACCUCGAAGACAUGCUCAUCACGGUCGAAGGCUACCGCAUCUACGGAUCGCCGUGGCAACCAGCAUUUUGCGACUGGGCAUUCAACCUGCCUCGGGGCAGCGAUGAGUUGAAGGCCAAGUGGGCUGCCGUCCCGUCGAAUGUGGACGUCCUUGUCACGCACUCGCCGCCCAUGGGUCGUGGUGACGACAUUGGAAUUCUUCGAGUGGGUGAUGUUCAUUUGCUGCACCAAGUUCAGGAGCGCAUCAAGCCUGCGUUUCACUUGUUUGGCCAUGUGCACGAAGGAUACGGCGCGACCUUUGACGGCACGACGAUUUUUGUCAACGGUUCCAACUGCACUGAGGAGUACAAAGCGAUCAACCCUAUCGUUGUGUUUGACUUGCCGCCGCGCAUGGCCGCUGCGGUCGACGACGCGACUGACUAUCACACGCGCAUGGCGCAGCAGCAACAGCUUGCCCAGCAGUCGGUACUCAAGCGAUAUGCCAUUCGCGGCACGUGCGCGGACCAAAUCUUUGAAGAAAAGCUCCGCGUACGACCGGUUGUGUCGGCGACCACUCGUGCAAUGAAGUACUGCUUUCGCGGGAAAAAAAUGGAGAGUGCACCGACUGCGGACGAAUUGUCCGUGCAGCUCGCUGGUCCCAACUACAGCAUCGCCACCACCGGGACAGCCCUGUCACGUCGGAUCACAAUGUCUGUGUUGCCGCAGGACGGCAGUGGUGGUUCGCCCGACAAUUCUCUCGGACUUAAGUCGUUCGACAGAAACCAAAGCAGUGGCAUUCGUUCGCCAUGUAUCGAAAGCCGUCCACGGGGAUUGGGAGCCAAGCGACAGGGCUUGGCAGUGCUUCCUGAGGAAGAUGCCGACGCAGUCGUCGAGUCCGCGACUACUGCCGCGAUCACCAACGUCAAGCCAGAAGACGACUGUGUGUUGUGCCGGCUAAAGGUCCCAGGGCACAACCAUCUCCGGUCUUUGCUGGGUUCGGCGGAUGGGGUCCUCACUGCGCCGGCGACAAUUGUCCGGGAAGUGGUCGACGGGCCCGCCGAAGAAUCGUGUGUGUUGUGCAAAUUCAGAGUCAACGGACACAUACACCCUAGACGCGAGACGGUUGCCGCGACUCCCUCCGCGGAAUCUCCUCCAAAAGCCGCAGAGGUAGCCCUACCGCCGCCGUCAACCGCGGAUUGUUCAAAUGGCGCCAAGCGAAUAUCGUCGUGGUUUUAAUGAAGUGUCCUCAUUCGGACAGUGUAAAGUGAGAGCUUCCUUAUUGGUCAAUUAAAGUGACAUGCAAUACAUUU